CUGCUGCAGCUACUUACAAUGACUUAUCACGAAAGCAGUGAACAGACUUUUUGUGGACGUUAAUAUAUGAUUGUAAAGUGUAUGCAUAACACAGUGUAAGAAGCAAAAGAUCGACAACUUGACGCUGAUGGCUGAAGUAGGGACCUCUGUACUGGAAGACACUUCUGUAAUCAAGCCAUCAUGAGACGAGCAAAGAUCCGCCCCAGUAUUAAUCUCUCGGCAUCCCGUCGGAACAUCCCAACACCGCCCUCCCAGGACAAGGAGUUAAGCAGCUCCAAGCAAGACUUGCCCGCCCCCAAGACAGGACUGAGAUCAGCGACGAGGCCUUCAGUUGCAGAGCCAACAUUGGCUGCGGGGAAGAAAGAUAUCACCUCGGCACAACAGACGCAGCCGAGUCCACAGCAGAACAAAGUAGAAGCUCCUGGUGAACCUCCAAAACCAACACCACCAUCACAGGACCCGUUGAGUUCUUUACAAACCCCUGACUCAAUAUCCCCAGUCAAGGAGACGCCAAGCUCUCCAACAAAACCGACCCCUGAUGAGUCUCCGUCAAAAGCAAGUGCUGUACGCCGUAAGCGUAUCACCGCCGUUCCCAACCUGGGACAGCCGAGGUUGCGUUCCACCCCAAGCCAGCUGCCAGUGAAGGUCACUUCCAAACCUCAAUUCACUGCGGUUGAGAAAGAGAAUGAGGUCGGAAAGAAAGCCCGAGGAGGUGGCGGAGUAAGAGGAAGGAAAGAGCCUGGAGAUGGAGUUAUGAGACCGCCGCAGCCUCCACCAAUACAACGAGUGCCAGGGAUCAGUUCAACUGUGACAUCCGCGAGUAGUCCAUCUCCAGCCAAAGAGCACACCACCACUGCCCCAUCACCAAAGGAGACUUCCCAUGUACAUGUACCACAAACCACUAAAACCCCAUCUCAGAUCAACCCUGUGCCAGUCACCCUGAGCACACCCGUCAGACCCGCUCUUGCUCGGUCCGAGAGCAUCAGCGAGAAAACACCAAGUGGCUCUGAGAAUAUCUACCAAAAGAAACUGCGUGAGCUUAAGGACAAAAUGGUCUCGGAGACUCCAGCUAAGCGCAGACGAAACUACGUCAAGAAGAAGACACAACCACCAGAGAGAAGUAAGAUGACGAUGAGUGACCUCAUCUAUUUCAACCCAAAGACCAGCCCAAUGAAGAACACAUUGGGAAACAGAGAGAAGAGAUUUCCUCGAACCAUCAUGACGGAGCACGCGGUCAGCGCAAAUAACUCUGUAAACAGUAGUGCUCAUAACUCGGACAAUGAAGCGGAGGAAGAGGAAAAAGAGGAGGAUGUUGACCCCUUUGCACCCCAGGUCAAGAUUGGGCCUGACGGCUCCAUCAUAUUGGACAGCACAAGUCUUGUGAAGGAUGCAUCACCAGCUAAGACCCUUCAUUUAGAGAACAGCGAAGCUGUGCAGGAGGAGUCUUCUCACACGACGUAUGCCAGCUUCGGAAAGAGAACUUACACCACCGCAUGGAGUGUAAAGGACACUGCAAAGUUCUACAUGGCUCUGAGCGCCGUCGGAACUGACUUCACUAUGAUCAACGCUAUGUUCCCCAAAAGAACCAGACAACAAAUCAAGAACAAGUUUAAGCGGGAGGAGAGACUCAACAGAAUUGCUUUGGACAAGGCUAUAAAAGACAGGAAACACUUUGACAUGUCUCUGUUCAAUAAGGAGCCCAGUUCAGACUCGGAGACAGAGAAUCGUGUCACAAAGAAGAUGAAGGGAGCCAAAGGGAAAGGGAGAGGACAGAGCAGGAGCAAAGGGAUGAUCAGGAAGAAGGUGGAGGACAGAGAUUGUGACGUCGGUAACGAUUCUGAUGUGGAAUCCGUUGAGAUGGAGGAAGCUACUAUGAGAGACGAAACUCUCGAUGGAGGAACGGAGACGACCAUAGAAACCGUGGCCAGACUGAGCGAAGCCAGCGACGAGGAGAUCAACAUGGAAACCAUACUCAGCCAACCGACUCGUUCAGGACGGCAGCCUAAAUUCAAAAGCUCCUACACUGUUGAGGAACCGCCCAAGAGGACCAGGGGUCCUUAUCAGAAGAAAAAGGGUCUGGCAACCGAAGAGGACUAUGCCUUGAAGCGCAUGGAGAGACUGAGUCAGGAACGGGUUAAGGCUCUCGCUCAGAAGCAGGAAGCCACCAAAGGGUUUGCUGCGUAUCAAUCGGAAUGUCCGACCCUACAACACCCUCCGGAUGCUUUUACAAGGCAGACAUCGCUCGGGGGAGCAAAACAGAGUAAUGGCUCACCGCAUGGGGGGCAUGGUAGGGUUGCCUCACCGAGUAGCAGGGGCACCAGUACCAUUACCACCCCUAUGGGGAGGUUUAUCGUCAGUGUACCCCAGCACCAACGACAUGAGGGUGAGUCCAUCAGCCAUGCUGGUCCAGCAUCACCUAAGGCACAACUUGCUGGUGGAGGGGUAACUAAACCCAUCCGCAGCCAUAUUUUUGUUAUUUCGUCCCCAGAUGGAACUCAGAACAUAAUCCAAGUACCAGUUCAAACAGAAACCCCCUCCUCACCGGGUGGGGACCGGGCUCAAAACCCUCCAGCUACCAUCGCCCCACCUAGACCGAGACCCCCAAAUCCUAUGACCACACCUGGGAUAAUGCUGAAAAACCUGGCGGUAGCGCCGCAACAAAAUCAGGGAACUGUGAUCCGUCGGCUUGCGGUGACGCUGCCUCAGACUGUUACACAGCCAACCAGGGAUCAAUUGGGAAUUGUUCGAUUCACUAAUCCAAUGAGCACGCCACAUUUAUUAAUAUCCCACGGACAGAAGGUGCCAGUGGUACAGUCCGGCCGUCAAUCAUCGACCAGGAAAAGAUAUCCGGAGCCAAUCACAGUGCAGACGGGCUCAAACAAAACCAUAGUCAUGUCUCCUCUUGCAGCUGCUCAGACUUCGCACUUGCCACUCAGUGUUGCAGUACACCAGCAUCAAAUGUUGGAACCGGUGUCAGUGGCGACUACGAGUCAUAAUAGUAUCAUUCAACAAUGUCCGACAGUUGAAAGUUCAAAGUCACCUACUCAAGUUUCGGAGACUCACAAUGAAGCUCAUUUACAGGAUGGCCAUAACCAGUCGAACAAUGGACUGUCGACCACUCUGGUCCCUGAUAUCGGACAGAAUGUCGGGCACAUAAGCAGCGACACAAACCAUGAUUGGGUACUGCGUGAUGUAUCCGUUGGGCACAAGGUUGAUAUAUCCACAACGGACUCUGUUGAGAUGGAGAUCGAAACGGAGGAGGCUUUUGUCCCUGCCUUUUCCAAUCAGAGGCAUUCUCCCCUUCACAGGAGUGGAACGAGCCAGGUCACUGGGGACCAUGCUACUGAGGAGCACUUGUCUGCCCAGGAUAUUUUGGAACAAAUGACUUUUGAGGAGGGGGUUGGAGGGCAUGUAGGGGCUAAUAUGGAGAUUGCCAUCAAUGAGGAAAUUAUCACCCAAAUAGCAUCAGAAACGACAGUGGAAUAGACUUAAUUAUGGUUCCUUAAAGCGCUCACAUCAGUCACUCACAGUGAUGCUCCAAGGCGCUUCAACAUUCAGUAUUUUUUAGCAAGGUAUUGUGGAGCUAUGUUUAUGAAGUUUAAGACCUAUUCCU